UGCAGUAUAUAAAAAUAAAUUCUCUGCAAGGUUAAAUGCACUGUAAAAAUGUUUUCUGCAGUUUGUCCGUUAUUGUCUUAAGAUUUCGUUUUUCUUUGAUGAAGUAGAAUAACAGUCCAGCAGCCUGCUCUACUUGGUAAACCUUUUUCUAAAACAAAGCUCAACAAAACCAGGACAAUUUUAUUGUUGAAACUGGAGAGAAAUUGAUUUGCUAAAUCGUGUUUUAAAGGCAAACUGUGUGUCGGCAACACCUACUCCUAAAGAUAUCUGACAGUAUUUAAAACCCAGCCCGGGCUGCUUCUACCAGAGAAAUGGAUACCUUUUUCCGUCGACACUUUAAGAGAAAAAACGUGGCUUCUUGCGUUAAUGUCACAAACUACUGCAGGCACAGGCGCCCCAGCGUGGCCGUGCCCAGCAGCAAAGCCAGGCGGCGGUCGAGCGCUGGACUUCCCUCAGCUAAUCUGAUGCAGCGGCGACGCUCCAGCGUCCAGAUCCAGGGCCUUCCUCUGGGGGCGGCCAGCCGCUGUCCUGGUGGCCGAGCGCUCAAGGAGCACUCAGCCAGACGCAGGUCCAGCACCACCACCACCACCCACUGCCUCAACCCUCGCUUCGCCAUGCGGAGGAAACGAGGUGUCAGGCUGCGGACCAUCGACACACACCUCCUGGGGCCCUCCAUGCUGCUGGCCAGCCUGAUCCAGAUGACGGAGGAGGAUGAGAGCGGCUCGGCACUGGCCGGAGAGGGGCAGGUGGAGGUGCGGCGGGAGGAGCCAUCCCACUCGGACUCGGAAGGAGACAGCCCGUGCUCCAGCUGCAGAUCGGACCGUGAUGACGACAGUGAGCGCUCGGCGUUUCACGACAGCUGGAGUGAAAUAUCAGUCUCCGAUCGAGAGUUUGAAGACUCUGCCGUCACCUGGCCAGAAGCUCCGGACCCGUGUCAUUCUUUAAGAAACUCCAAACCCCUGAUCAGGGCCCCCAGGUGUCUCAGACGGAACUCAUCGCACCUGCCUGCUGAAGCCGGUUACUACAGAACGACUUCUUACGGGCUGUACGGGAAAUACCGACGGACCAGUCAGAGACGCCGCUCCAACGGGUCCUUAAUAUUGGGCGGCCGCAGGAUCUCGGCUGUUUCCAAAGCGGGCAGCCCCUGGCCUGGGCGGGGUAUUCCCUUGCCCAGCAGACGCAGUUCAGUGGCGGCCCGGCGAGCGUCCGUGUCCCUCUACAGGAACUGCUCUCCAUGCUGGAGGCACAGCACCAGGAGGAGCUCCCUCAGUCCGCUGCAAGGCUGCUACUACGAUCCCAGACAUGAAACAUGGAGUGGGUUUCUCUCGAAAGCGAUUGCUAAAUCGGGACUUCAGCAUUUGGUUGCGCAGCCCUGCACUUCUGCUACAGUGAAGACUGACCCAGAGAGAGAGAUCCGAAGUACUGCAGACUGGAGUGAGAAUGCGCUGUACGGAGAGCACAUCUGGUUCGAGACCAACGUUUCUGGGGAUUUCUGUUAUGUUGGAGAACAGAACUGCAUUGCAAAGGCACUGCAAAAAUCAGUACCUCGGAAGAAGUGUGCGGCGUGCAAGAUAGUGGUCCACACCCCAUGUAUCGAGCAGCUAGAAAAACUCUCCCUGGCAGAUUCUCUGCCAGAGCUUGACAAUCUUCCUGACACGAUGGCUAUGAAAGACACUGGGUUAAGAAUAAACUUUAGGUGUAAACCUUCAUUUAGGGAAUCUGGCUCAAGGAAUGUCCGAGAGCCCACGUUCGUCCGACACCACUGGGUUCACAGAAGGAGGCAGGAGGGGAAGUGCCGGCAGUGCGGAAAGGGUUUUCAACAGAAGUUUGCAUUUCAUAGUAAAGAAAUCGUGGCAAUCAGCUGUUCCUGGUGUAAGCAAGCAUAUCACAACAAGGUGACGUGUUUUAUGCUGCAGCAGAUUGAGGAGCCGUGCUCCCUUGGGGCCCACGCUGCUGUCAUAGUCCCUCCCACCUGGAUCAUUCGGGUCAGGCGGCCCCAGACCUCACUAAAAGCAAGCAAGAAGAAGAAGCGCACCUCCUUCAAACGUAAAUCCAGUAAGAAGGGAGCGGAGGAGGGGCGAUGGAAGCCGUUCAUAGUGAAACCAGUCCCGUCGCCGCUGAUGAAACCGCUGCUGGUGUUUGUGAACCCAAAAAGUGGGGGCAAUCAGGGAGCAAAGAUAAUCCAGUCCUUUAUGUGGUACCUCAAUCCCCGACAAGUGUUUGACCUCAGUCAAGGGGGACCCAAAGAAGGGUUAGAGAUGUACCGUAAAGUUCACAACCUGCGUAUACUGGCCUGUGGAGGUGACGGCACUGUGGGAUGGAUCCUCUCUAUUCUGGAUCAGCUGCAGUUAAAUCCUCAGCCUGCUGUAGCUGUUCUUCCUCUGGGCACUGGAAAUGACCUGGCCAGGACUUUGAACUGGGGUGGGGGGUAUACGGACGAGCCCGUUUCCAAGAUCCUUUCCCAUGUGGAAGACGGAAAUGUCGUUCAGCUUGAUCGCUGGAACCUGAUCGUGGAGCCAAACUUAGAGACAAAUCCAGAGGAAAAGGAUGACGCUGGCAUUGACAAGCUUCCCCUGGAUGUCUUCAAUAACUACUUCAGCCUUGGCUUUGAUGCUCAUGUCACCUUGGAGUUUCAUGAGUCCAGAGAAGCCAAUCCUGAGAAAUUUAACAGCCGGUUUAGAAAUAAAAUGUUUUACGCUGGGACUGCUUUUUCGGAUUUCCUGAUGGGUAGCUCCAAAGAUUUAGCAAAGCACAUCAAAGUGGUGUGUGAUGGCACAGAUCUCACAUCAAAGAUCCAGGAUCUGAAACUGCAGUGUUUAGUGUUUCUUAACAUUCCAAGGUAUUGUGCUGGUACAAUGCCCUGGGGUAACCCCAGUGAACACCAUGACUUUGAGCCUCAGCGACUCGAUGACGGGUGCAUUGAAGUUAUUGGCUUCACCAUGACAUCACUGGCUGCUUUGCAGGUGGGAGGUCAUGGGGAGAGAUUGAAUCAGUGCCAGGAGGUUACCCUGACCACAUACAAGUCCAUACCCAUGCAGGUGGAUGGGGAGCCCUGCAAACUAGCCCCGUCGAUCAUUCGCAUCUCCCUAAGAAACCAGGCCAACAUGGUACAGAAGACCAAGAGACGCACCUCCAUCCCCUUACUCAACGACCAGCAGCCAGUCCCAGAGAGGUUACGGAUCCGAGUGAAUCGCAUCAGCAUGCAUGACUACGAAGCCUUGCAUUACGACAAAGAGAAACUCAAAGAGGCCUCAAUCCCAAUGGGUAUUAUCGUCAUCCCGGGAGACAGUGAUUUGGAGAUGUGCCGAUCCCACAUCGAGAGGUUACAGGAGGAUUUCGUCUCGUUUCACCCCUCUUUCCAGCGCCUUGUCCUUCAGGAGGGCGACGGUUCAAAAUCAAAGACCCUGUCCUCUCAGAAACUCUCUCCAAAAUGGUGUUUCCUGGACUCCACCACAGCAGAUCGGUUUUAUCGAAUAGACCGUGCACAGGAACAUUUAAACUACGUUACAGAGAUCUCUCAGGAUGAGCUGUUUAUCCUGGACCCAGAGCUGGUCAUCACAGAGACCGUUGGCACGUCUCCGGGGAUGCCAGACCUGGUUGAUUCUUCAGGGCAGUUCUCUGGCCCUGGAGCACGGCACUUCGCCUUCCCAUCAUCCUCUUCAUCUCCACCCUCCUCACCCGUCCCAAGCCCGCACUCGGACAGCGAGGCCUUGGCUUGGCGCCAGAAGUCGUCUCUCUUCUCCUCUUACUCUGGCUUCCCCUUUCCUGUCAAACAGAGGAUGCUGGAGUUACAAAAGGCCUCCCAGCGGAAGCGUAUUUCUAGCGACAGUUUGGUUGCCGAGGCGCUGGCCCACAGCGAGUCUCCGACUUCCACAAAGCCGUCCCUCAGCAGGACGGGUCCAGUAAAUGUGAGUGUUCAUCGUUCCAACACGACCGCUGCCGAUUUCAAACCAUCAAUCAGGCCUGAGAAGACUGCAGUGUGUACCACAGACAAAGUAUCAGCUGAGGCACUAAUAGAAGCUGUGAAGAGCACUGACCUUCAGAAGUUCCGAGAGCUGCACAAGUUGGGAGGUGACCUAAUGGUGCAAGAUUCCACAGGCUGGACGCUUCUCCACCAUGCUGCUAGUGUUGGCAGUAAGGAGAUUGUCAGAUACAUCAUUGACAAUGCUCCUCCAGAGAUUUUAGAUCUAACAGAGAAAGAAAGUGGUGAGACAGUAUUACAUAAAGCAGCUUCCCAGCACCAGAGAUCGAUCUGCCACUACCUCGUGGAAGCCGGGGCAUCGCUAAUGAAAACAGACCUGCAGGGUGACACUCCGAAACACCGGGCGGAGAAAUCCAAGGACCAGGAGCUGGCAGCAUACCUGGAAAAUCGGCAACAUUACCAGAUGAUCCAGCGGGAGGACCAGGAAACGGCUGUGUGAUUGUUGAAGUGCCAAGCAAUCCGGAACCAAACAAAUAGAAUUCGGGACAAAGAAGGGAGAAAAAACACAUGGCCUCUCUCGCCCAUUCAUACAUUGUAUUCCUACAGCAAGAGUUUAGCUCCAACAGUUCAGAUACAGGGUGGUUUUCAGUUGAUUUUUAAACUGCACAGCCACAUUCUUAUGUUUUGGUGUAAGCAGGUUGGAUAUGAAUUACAAACAUUUAACUUAUUGGUCACUAUUUUUGAGCAACAUCUUUUUUAAUUGGUGGGAUAGGAUUUACACAAACCUGAUGUUUACAGUAGGCCUGUGUUUCUGUAGCAACCAUCAAACUGGGGAGGGGGGGGGGGGGGGGUAGUUUAAAGGUUAAUUUGUCUAAUUAUUGCCCAACAGACUGAAACAUUGAAAAUCUGUUUGGAGAAUGUUGAUUUUAAAGAGUACUGUACUAGGGAUCAAAGUGACGUGUUUUUAAAACCAGUGCAAUAUGACUAGGUUUAAAAGAUGAGCGGGUUUGGGAAUGAACGAUGAAGAAGCAGAAAUCAUUGCUUCUCUGUCUAGUCCUCUUUAUUUUCACUGCUUCAAGACCAUUUUAAAAGUGACAUUUUACUGAUUUUCUGGAGGUUUUGUUUACUCAAACUAUGUUGGUUAGCGCUGGUUCCAGUCUAGGAGGGACAGUUUUUACACUGAAUUUAUUUUCUAUUAUCACUGUACAAUUUUAAUUUAAGAAAGUGAAGCUGUUAUAUUGAGCUGUGUUCUUUGAUACUAUACUAUACUAUCCAGCAAAAACUCAUUUUCCAACAUACUUUUGGCUUCCGUUAUAAAAUAUCUGGUACUGUAUACUUGUUAUUUCAGUAGCUUUACAUCGAUAUGAAGCAGCUUCUUUUACCUUUGCUGCUGUAAAUGCCUUGAAGUGCGUGUGUUUUUGCGUGUGUUUGUAUAUUUACAUGGUGAAUUUCAUUCAAAGCAUAUUUCUUAUAACAGUGUGGAGUUAGUAGGUAUUUAUAUAAUGCAUAGCUGUAUAAAAACUAUUUUACUUUUUUGUGAAUUUGUUAUGUGAUGUUCCGCAGAAUUUGUAUCAUAAAAAAAUGUACAUUUUAUAUUUUUUUCAGAGUCAAAUAGUUGUUGUUGUUGUUUGUUGUUUUUUUUAACAGUUUACUGUUUGUUUACCAAUAUGGCAUUUUGAUUUGCUAUUUACUACUUAGGGAUGACCCAUUUGUACAAGGGUCUGGUCAAAAUCAGCUAUCUGACUUUCAACUCCUAUCUAAUAAUAAUGUGUUGCAUUUAAAGGGCAUCUAGAUAGUAAACUAAUUUAAUAAAUUGUACUUUAGAAUAACUGGGGAAUCUGUAUUUGAACUGGUUAUGUUUCAAUGUCUAUAUGCUCAUUUGAAGCUUGCUGAAUAUUUCAGAUUUCCUGGUUUUUAGGUUUCAUUAAAGUCAGAUAAUCAUGCGACCCAUAGGAGACACAGCGAUUGGAAGGGUGUUCCAAAGUCUGCUGGGAGAUGCAAUAAUCUUCCAACCGCUGUGUCUCUGAAGUCAUGUGAUUAUGUGACAUGCAUGAUUCCCUGGACACCAGGAAAUCAGAAUUUAUCAAUACAAAUUCCAAUACAUGUUUCCCAUUGAGCGUAUAGAAAAUACCAUUCAUGGUAGGAUUUAUUAAAUUCAUUUAUCAUUAGCAUAAUGUCCUGUUAAAAGUAAAACCGCAUUUUCAGAAAAUCCCUACUUUUCACUUCUUUCUUGUAUUUACAGCAAGUUUGGCAAUUUUAAAAUAGUAAAAAACAAACCUAAUUUAAGAGCUUUAAUUAGGGGAUAUGCAGAUUGCUCCAUUAGACAUCUCACUCUGCUAAUGUUGCCCUGCCUCUUGGUAAAUAAGGAGAUGCAGGGCUACAGUAGAAGGGAAGACUGGUGAUAAUGUUGCUAGUGGUAAAAUAAAUGUACCAUUUUAAGAAUGCAUUCUUUCCAGGCCUAGUUUAUCAACACCACUUUGUACAGUACUUAAAACAGGGAAUUAAAAAGCAAUCUGAGAUUAGAUCUAAUAAAUUACCAGUAUUAAUAUUGUUGCUGUAAUUGUAAUAGAAGGUGAUGAUGAUUCAAACUUCAAUCGUCUAUGGUUGUUUUGUAGGAAUGUAGAAUUUGCUGAACUGCUCAUCUUCUUGAUUAAACAUGUCAAAGUUCUACUUUACAAUAAUGUGUAGCUAACAAAAUCCUUCCCUAAAUCUUAGCUGCUGUGCCCUUCCAUGUAUCCUAUAGGUAUUGAAUGAGCAGUUUUGAAAGAAACAUGUAGUAAACAUGUGUAUUUUUUUAAUUAACCUUUUGCUGCUCAGUGACUAAUAUAUUUGACAUUGUGAAAGUAGGGAUUUAAUUGGUGAAAUGACCAAGUGUAAGUGUAACAGAUUUCCUGAGAGUAAGGUGUGAACUUUCUUUAACCUGGUGUAAACCACACGUAAUACAUGAAAACACAUGCUUGCUUUAACAUGUGUUUCUUUCCUAACUGCACAUUUGACACCUAUGAAGCCAAUGGAAGUACAAAACAGAUCAGAUUCAAUCUAUUAUUUUGUUAGCUACAGUCUCUUUAAAUAGUAGGCAUUCACACUGAAUGUAACAUGACUUGUAUGUGACCUUAGGGGUUAGGGUUGUGGGGUCUUGUAUACUAUGGGAUUUAAGUCUGUUGUUUGUAUAUGGAUGUACAGUUUCCAGUUGGGAUGUAUUGUAACUGUCAAAUGUUUAUACUUGCAAAAUGAAUUAUUUAAAUCUGAAUAGUUACUAGCUGUAAUGGGGGAAAAAAAACAAAACAAAAAAAAAAACUACCUAACCAUUUUCUAUGUUUUUAUGCUCUUUGCUUCUUGCAAGGUUUUUAGUAUGUGUGUGACCUCAUUUGCUUUUUGUAACUGCUUUCUUGUGAGUGGGCAGGGGUUGGUUUGUGUGCGUUCAUUUGAUGAUGGCAUUAUUACUGUAAAUUGUACAUGUUAAAAUAAUGUUAUUUAAGCAAUUGGAAACUGCAGCACCCUUUAAUGAAAAUACCAUUUCAACCUUGCAGUGUGCUGUUCAUUUGGAUCCAAACCUCAGGCAGGAAUGUGGUUAAGGAAACACCUGACCCCCUUGGAAAAAGAAAAAAAGCAGAAACAUGACUUUAUAAUCCGUCUUUAUAAUCCGAUCUGGAUUAUCUGUGAAGUUAAAUAUCUCUGUUUGUAGCCAAACAGUUUAACUUGUGUGAAGACUCCUAUGGGAAAAAAUGUAUAGUGCUGUAUCAGUAAUAGAAAUAUGAAAACUGUAGUCUUGAUCAGUGUUGUACUAGUGUGUGUUAUCAUUUAGUUAAAUUAUAAAUCCUGGAUAUUCAAAGAUGUUUAUCUUGGUAAGCCUGUGAUUUUGAUAGGAACCUAGCGAUUUCUGAAUACUUAUGUUGUUAUUCAUUGACAUUUAUCGGUAUGUAAUAUAUAGCCAGGCCAGGAUAAAAACAGGAUAACAGGAUGCUGACUGAUGCUUUACUGCAAUAGCAAGCUUGUUUUAUAUAAAUAUUUUUUUUUAAUGUUUUUAGCGAAUGACAGCAAUGUUAUUAAAACCCUACCACAGCAACUGGCACCACCA